UCAAAUCACUUUAACCAGUGCUCCACUCAAUCUUCUUCUUUCACCAAAACAACAGCUGGUAGGGAGAGAGAGAGAGAGAGAGAGAGAGAGAGAGAGAGAGAGAGAGAGCCAAACUCUUUCCCUCAAGCUCUCAAGAGAAUCAAACUCCAAAGAUGAGCAGUUUCUACGAGCAUUACGAGUUCCCAUACGAUUCCAACCAGGUUCAUCAUCUCUACGAUCAUAACUUUUAUGAUAACAAUCAACAUCAGCAGUUUGGUUUUGAUCCAAUGAGUUAUAAUAAUAGUUAUAAUAACUGGAAUGGAUCUGAGUACGAGUAUGAGUAUGAGACAGCCUCUGCAUCUGUUGCUUACUCUGUCUCCACCUUGUCUGAGCCGAAGCACUUGUUCUAUGAUCCGAGUUACUACACAACAACAACAACCUACGAGUCUCCUCCUCAGUUCAGUAUCUACUGCAAUGUUCAAGGCUUCAACGAGCCGGAGUUCGAAGAGUACGAUCCGACGCCAUACGGUGGCGGCUAUGAUAUCGUUGCAACAUACGGGAAGCCUCUUCCUCCGUCGGUGAACACUUGUUACCCUUCUUCAACCGCUGAUCAGGGUAAACCUCCUUCUCCUCCGGAGAUCAUCGCUCCUGUUCCUCUUGGAAUCUAUGGUGAUGGUGAAGAAAAGAAAGCUGUCAAGAAACGUGUGACUUUCUCUGAGCCAUUAGAGGAAGCUAAACCAUUACAACCCAUUCAAGAAGAAGAAAAUGAUCAUCAAGAAGAGGAAGAGGAAGAUGAAGAUGAAGAAGAGGAGGAAACAGAAAAAGAUCACAGUUCAAGCAAUGAAACUGUAGAUAAAGUUGAAGUGAAAGCUUUGUAUGUUCCAUCUGGUUACGGUUUAGAAGCGACUGAUCUCUGCGAGGUUAUAUUCGGAGGCUACUUUCCUUGUGUCUUACGUAACAAAAGACGACAAGAGGAUGAGAAUCGUGCGGCUGAAGUUACUUGCUGGGAAAGCACAGAUUCUGAUCCGUGGAAGACGACUUCAGACUACCUUUUCGGGGAUUCGUAUCCGUAUGGUUAUGAGGAUGGAGUUGGAAGAAGACAGUUCGAUAUCUCCUCUUAUGGUUAUUUGAGGUAUUAACUGGAAUUAUCACGAUCAUCAGAUGUGUCAAAGUUAUGUGUUCAGAGCAAUAUUUUUUUGAUAAUUGAUGAAGCUGAUUCGUUUUUAGUAUAUACAAUGACCUUUCUUGUAUGGUUGGUCCAACGUUCUUAUGAAAAGAUGUUCCAGGUUGAUCGAUCAAUAAAUGUUACAAAAACUUCCUUCUUAA